AUGUCUAUCAGGAGAUCUCAGGGCUGCUGCUGCGUGUCGCAUUUCAACGAGGACAAUGGUAGGUUUGUCCUCUUAGCGGUGCUCAUCAUAGCAUACCUGACAGCUGGAGCCACCAUCUUCUCAGCCAUCGAGAGCCCAUCUGAAGCAGAAGCUUUGCAGCGUUGGAACUGGACCCUUCAGAACUUCAGCCAGAUCUUCAACAUUAGCCUCCCUGAGCUACGGGCCUUUUUAAGAAGUUAUGAGGCAGCCAUGGCUGCCGGCAUCAGGGCAGAUGCCCUCCGACCAAGAUGGGAUUUCACAGGAGCUUUCUAUUUUGUGGGCACAGUGGUGUCAACUAUAG